AACAUCGGUUGGGCAGUCUCGCGUUCCGGAGGAAAGAGGUUUUUUCAUCAUUCUGCACGGUGGAAGAAUUGUGCGGCAAAUUUUAAUUCUAUUACGGGUGCGCUCCCUUCAUCGGACGCACUACGGACAGCGACAGAAGUUGAACAGCAGCCAAACCAUUGUUGCUGCAGUUUUUGUUUCGCUCCGCCCGGAAGGUUCGAUGUUUGUUCGUGGCAUCAGGUAAGAGUAGCGGAUCAAAAGGGUGAGUGAAAACAUUUUUUGGUUUGUGCCAAGAGUAUAGUAAUUGAAAUUAAUUGAGAAAAGUAAUAACUCCGCGAAGUUUGGAUGAUCGAAUUUUUAUUAUUCGUUAUGUUGAUUAUUGGUGAUUUCGCUAUUGCCAAAGAAUAAGCGCAUAAUCACAGUUUAAAAAAAGUAAUUAGUUUGUGCAAGUAAAGUGGCAUGUUGAUAGUGGAAAUUUGGUAAAUAUUUUUGGUGAUUUCAUUUUUCGCUUGCUAAAGACAAGUUAAGUUGCACAAUUGAACAGAAAAUAAAACUAAAUCAUAGUGUUUUGGUGCGUUUAACCUUUUUAUUCAUUUGAAGCAUGGCGAGUGGACAGCUUUGAUUGUUUGAACAAAAGAUAUAGAACACAAUAAGAAAACAAUAUCUAACUUACUUUGAAUGUUUGUCAGAGAAUGUAUUGAAUGUGUUGAACCAUUUCAUUGUUUGCAUUUUUUUGUUGAAAACGGCUUUGAGUGACAUUAUAUUGUGUUUUUGUCUUUUUUCUAAAAUUUUGAUGAAUAUGUCCUACGUGGUAGCUCCCAAUAUCGAUCCCUACCGUAAGGGUCAAUCAUUCGCUUCUUGGAUUAAACGCUUAUCGUGCCAUUUCCGAGUGAAUAAAGUUGAAGAAAAUGAGAAAAAAUACCAGAUGUUAUUUUUUGGAGGUGAUUUUUUGCUCGAUAUGGCAGGUAAACUCUUUCUUACAGAUGAAUUGUUGGAAGAAGUUUCCUAUGAAGUGUUAGUUCAAAAGCUUAAGGAGAGACUUGACAAUAAUGAAUCAGUCUUACUCCACAGAUAUAAUUUCAGUAGAAUGGUGCAACAACCUGGCGAAUCAGCCGGUGAUUACAUAUUUUCGUUGAAAGUUCUUGCGGAAAAUUGUGAGUUCGGUGAUCAAAAGGAUUACCUUAUAUUGGAUCGCAUUCUUGUUGGUCUACAAGAUGGCUUACUUCAACAUCGCCUUUUUACUGAAAAUAAACUAACAUUGAAACAGGCUGAAAGGAUUAUCGCUUCGUGGGAAAUGGCGACUUAUCAUACAAAAUGUUUGAUUAACAAUAAUGUUGACUUUGUGGCUUCAAUAAGUACCAAGUAUCCAUUUUGUGAUUCGAAUAAUGAGGAUUAUAAGCAUAACUCGCAACUUGGAUUCCAUUCUCAGAAGUUUAGGCACCGCUGUUCGUCUGCAAGUACAUCUCAUCGACGAAGCAAAUUAGAUGGAAACCAACGGACUGUGGAUCAGCGUAUCUGUAAUUACUGUGGACAACGAGGACACGUGCGGAGAAGAUGCUACAAACUCAAGCAAGAUAGGAACGAUGAAGUUAACCAUGUUUACAUCCAAAAACCUAGUCCGAUUCCGGAUAGCUUGUCCGAGCAACGGGAAAGUUUGAGGGAAAUGGAUUGUGACCCAUAUAACAAUGACGCAAAUGAUUUCGAAUUGGAAUGUAUGCAUAUUUCUUCCAUCAAUAAUUCUAGUAUUUCCUGUUUGCCAGAUGUUUCUAUUGAAAAUAAUUUGGUGCAGAUGGAGGUUGAAUGUAGCUCUUCGGUAACAGUGAUGAGCAAAAAUGUGUAUAUCUUGCAAUUCAAACUACCUUUGUGUAAAAGUUCUAAUCAGCUGUUAGUGUUUGAUUGUGACUACCAGUUUAUUUAUUUGCUGAGUAGAACGUGGUUAGAUAAUUUUCUCAUCAACUGUAGAAUUUGUUUUGAUGAUUUUUUACCAUUAAGCAAUAUUUUUGGAAAACAAAUUAAAGCACUAAUUGCAGAUAAGAUUGAACUUGGUGAUGUAUUUGUCAAUUUUUUGAGUAAAGCUGUGUGUAAUGCUGAUAGUGAAGAAGGAAAUAAUUUUCCAAUUACUUAUAAAGAUUGUGACAUUCCCUACAGUUCGAGGGAGAACAUUUUUAGUUUGUCUUUGUUUGAUUCCAAAAUUCUGUGCAGACUUUCGUUGGAAAUGGAUUUUGCAAAUGGUUUUUAUUCGCGGAUAGCUUUCAAUAUAUCAGUUCCCACAGGAUAUGAUGAGUGUUUGAAUAGUGAAAUAAAUAACUUACCUGACAAAUCUUUGGUCAAUGCCAGGGGAAACAAAAAUAAUAAUAUUAUGCAAGAAAUGAUUUAUUCUGUUGGGCUUGGUAGAACUGAUAAUGCGAGAAUUUUGGUAAAUGGACAAAUUUUAAGAUUUUUUGACGUGUGUUUUUUGUUCCAUGACAAAGUGAGCAUACUUCAGACAAUUCAAGAUUUUUUAAAACUUUUAUAUGGCAGCCAAAUUGGUGUCUUUGGAAUGAAACGAAUAGUUAAAACCACGGUGCACUUUGUUGGAAUGGACACAAAUUUUAUUGUUGUUUGUGACGUCUAUGCAAGUGUGGCAAUUAAUCCAAAACAACACAUUAUUAUAAAAAUUUCAAAACGUAAACCUGCUACAAAAGUUUUGGCAGUGAAUAAUUUCUCCAAAAGGGUGGAGGUAAAGUGGUGGUUGAAAUUUUACAACUGGUUAGUGAUUUUGAUAAAGUUUAUCAAAUUUAUUGCUUGUUUUGGAUUGCCAGGCGUUACAGCGUUUGAGAAAGGUCUUCUAUGCAAAAUAUGCAAGAUUAGCUUUGAAGACCUGAUGCAUUUGUUUCCUGAAAACUUGACAUUGGAGGACAAUUUUCCUUCAGCAUAUAUUAACGUGAAGUUUGUGUUAAACAUGGUUGGAAAUAAUGCGACAUCUACUGCCUGUCCGAAUCAAUACGAGAUCGUUGAGAAUGUACAAAGAUUAUCGGAUCUGCUAAGACCAUCGAUGACUGUGGUUCGGGCCAGGACUUGUCGGCUGCUACUGACUGUCAAUGAAGCCAAGAGUAGUCGGCUGGUGCUGGCUGAUGAAGACCCCAAAACUGGAUGGACGCUACGAGCUAUCGCUGGAUCCGAGAUUGUCGCUAAGAACGAGAUACCAACCAUGGACGAUUUAAAUGUCGGGCUGUUACCGGAUCGGAACGACAACGGAAGAUUAAUAUCUGAUCUGGUGCAGAAUCGCACUACUUCCGCCCACAUGGGUCAACUCCCCAAAAGUCAACAUUUUGCGCUCCCGCAGGUGCAGAUUCGCUAA